AUGCUGCUGGAAGUGCUGAGCUACCUGCCCGCAAGCGUGCUGCUCGGGCAGUGCCGCCACGUGUGCUGGUAUUGGCGCUCCCUGGUGGAUACCCGGGCCGUGUGGCUGAGCAUCUUGCCCUACAGCCACGCCAAGCUGUGGCCCGUCUUCCGCACCUGCCUGCCCCCAGACGACGACGACGACCCCAGGCCCUGCCUCCUGGGCCGCUUCUGCGAGCGCAGACCUUUAGGACGCAAUCUCUACCCGAACCCCCGUGGCAUAGAUGCCUUCCUGCCUUGGAGGACAGUCAACUGUAGAAGCUGGAGAGAGGAGGAAAGCUGGGAGGAAGACCGCAGGCUAGCUCCCAAGGACUCUUUCUGGCCUUUCUACAGGUGGUGUUACAAGAAGCAAGUGUUGGACCUGGAGAAGGAGGGUCUAUGGCCGGAACUCCUGGAUAGUGGAAAGAUUGAGAUUUGUGUCUCUGCCUGGCGGAACGACCGACAAGGAAUUGACUGUAUAUAUCAGGUAACUGUCCAUCUUCUAGAUGCCAACCAGGCCAUCCUGGACUAUUUCUCUCCGCUGCCUUUUCCCAUCCGGCGUGGUAGAAACAGUGUCUCUUCUCGGGCCAGCCACGUGUUCUCCAACAUCAAGAAGGGCGUCCGCUUUGUGUCUUUUGAACGCCACAUCUGGGACUUGGAGUUCAGAAAUGAGCAGUAUGGAGUCUCUCUGAUGAACUCUAGUGUCAUCGUGCGGGUCAGCCAUGUGUUCUCCAACCUCAAGAAAGGUGUUCGCUUUGUGUCUUUCGAACACUGGGUCCGCGACUUUGAGUUGUCGUGUGAGCAGCACGGAGACUAUCCAUCACACCUCAGCGUGACCGUGCGGGUUCUGGAAGCUACAGGAAGAACGUUCUUACAUCAGAUUUACCGGUUGCCGCUGCUCUAA